GUAAACUCUCAACCCCCGAUGUGCCUUCGCUUCAGUCGGAUAUGAAAGACGAACACGAGAUUAUUUAUAAAGCAGAUCUGCUGCUUCAUGUUAACGCUUACAGGUACCGAAACAACUUAAUGACUGAAGACAUGAAAAAAUUGAAGGACGAAUUCGAGGCGACUGAUUUGAAGCCGAGCAGAGACGACACGUGUGAGUUUCUGAGCAAGCAGUUGAAACUCCUCGAGAAACACAGUGUGGAAGACGAAAGUGUGAACAGUCUCGGCUUCCGGUCCAAAGUGAAACCCCAAGAAAUGGCUGCUGGGUUUAGGUUCAAACUAACCGAGCCCGACGGAAAUCGAGGAAUGGCAGAUAAUGAUUUGGAGCCAAAAGAAAGUUUGCUAAAUGGAUUUAGUUUCACAGUGUUGUGCGAAUUGAUGUUUGCUGCUUUGAUUGUGUUUUCUGGCGUUCAAAUUGGAAUUAUGUGGGAACAAUGACAAAUUAGAACCCAACUGAUUGAUUAAAUCACAACUUGGAUAAGUUCAUUGAUGCGUUGAGAUAGAUUUUAAUUAAUACACUGCU